UAUCAGCGGAAGCGGCGGACCGUAGCGCUGACAUUCAUUUUUUGUUCUGCAAAAUUUGGGAAAUAUUGUACCAAAAUGCCGGCUUACCACUCAAGCCUGAUGGAUGCAGACACCAAACUGGUGGGGAAUAUGGCAUUAUUGCCCCUCAAAACACAGUUUAAGGGUCCUGCUGCUAAAGAAACCAAAGACACAGACAUUAUUGAUGAGGCCAUCUACUACUUCAAAGCCAAUGUUUUCUUCAAGAACUAUGAAAUUAAGAAUGAGGCAGAUCGGACUUUGAUUUACACCACUCUUUACAUCUCUGAAUGCCUCAAGAAGCUCCAGAAGUGCAGUUCAAGGGGCCAAGGAGAGAAGGAGAUGUACACGCUGGGAAUUACCAACUUUCCUAUCCCUGGAGAACCUGGCUUCCCUCUGAAUGCCAUGUAUGCUAAACCCUCUAACAAACAGGAGGAAGAAACGAUGAGGGCUUACCUGCAACAAAUCCGGCAAGAGACGGGACUGAGAUUGUGUGACCGUGUGUUCGACCCUCAGACAGACAAACCAAGCAAGUGGUGGGUGUGCUUUGUGAAGAAACAGUUCAUGAACAAAAGUCUAUCUGCGCCUGGCCAGUAAGAAACCACCUAGGAUCUCUUGGUAUUUCUGCGUGGGAUGUGGAUGGAUGGUCUGUUUUUUAUCUUUAUGUGUAUGCAAGCGUGUUUGCCCUGAUUCUGUUGGAUAUUUUUUACUGGUGAUAUCAAGUAUAUUUGAUUUCGGGCCUGUCAUAUAAAACAGCAGCCGAUCAAAUAAAAAUCCAUUAAAGAGAAACAGCAUCUGUUGUGAAUGAAUGAAGACGUAAGAAAAUUUAAA